UUAAGGAGGGAGGAGCAACUCCAUUAAAAAGGAUGGUGGCUAACCAGUGAUUGAUCUUCUGGCUUUGUGUGCGAGGUUUAAAUCAAGCUGUCGUCUCAUUAUAAAGCCAAAGGAGCCCUCUUUGUUAGGGGAUUAAAUGGUAGCACUUGAGCAGUAAUCGGAUUAGAGAGACUUGCAACCCGAGUGCAGGCCCUUGGAGAGCUGAUAAAAAGCAAGGCUGAGCCGAGUCCCGCCUGCCACAUCCCAGAGAAACCAAGCUGCGGGGAGCAGACCCUUUCUGAUCUGAGGCAUCUGCAGUUUGCUGACACCUGAAAUGCCUGCCGAUUUCAAUGGUUACUGGAAAAUGCUGAGCAAUGAGAAUUUCGAGGAGUAUCUGAAAGCCCUGGAUGUCAAUGUGGCUGUUAGAAAAAUCGCCAGCUUACUCAAACCGGACAAAGAGAUCGUCCAGAAUGGCGACCAUAUGAUCAUCCGCACUCUGAGCACUUUCAGGAACUACAUCAUGGAAUUCGAUGUAGGGCAGGAGUUUGAGGAAGAUCUGUCCGGCGUGGACGACCGCAAAUGUCUGACCAAGGUGAGCUGGGAAGGUGACAAACUCCAAUGUGUGCAAAAAGGUGAGAAGGAAGGCCGAGGGUGGACACAAUGGAUCGAAGGCAAUGAGCUGCAUCUGGAAAUGAGGGUGCAAGGUGUCAUAUGCAAGCAAGUCUUCAAGAAGGUCCAGUGAACUUAGCAUCAAGAAGGGCAGAAUUGAAGUGUCCGUCUGACCCCCCAUCACGUCCUGCUGUUAGAGGGCCAGGAAUGCCUGACCAAUUAGAAAGCCUAACCAUCACCUGUUGUCAGAAUCCACUCCUUGCUUUUUUUCAUAUUUUCUUUAUUAAAAAAGACAUCGUUACAAAUAAACAUUAUGCCUGUCAGACAUUUACAUGAAAAAGUGAA